CAUGUUAUUAUUGUUAUUUUGUUCGUCCUGCGAUGAGACGGGCAGCUGCUGGGGAGCCGCCGGCCUGCUGCGACCGCCCCGAAGCACCACCACCACCUCCAACGCCCUCUUCGGCACCAGGCAGCCUCUCACCCGGCUGGCAGCACACCACGACGACGAAAAAGAAGAAGCGGAGGAGGGCGUGAGGUGCCUGCUAGCUCCUCCGGUUGCACUCGUCUCGGCUCCCGGAGCGGUAGCACCACUUUUCGACGAUAGCGACACCGACGCGACGCGAAAAUAAAACGGCGACAGAGACAGCAGCGCCGGGCGGCUCGGCUGGCGUCGACGCGGCUCGGGAGCAGGGACGCCGCAGACAUGAACGGGAUCACCAAGGGCCGCUUCGAGGUGUUCUCCAACAGCGAUGAAGCCCCCAUUAACAAGAAGCUACCUAAAGAGCUGCUACUUAGAAUAUUCUCCUAUCUGGACGUGGUUACACUUUGUCGGUGUGCCCAAGUGUCCAAGGCCUGGAAUGUUCUGGCUCUGGAUGGCAGCAACUGGCAGAAGAUCGACCUGUUCAACUUCCAGACGGACAUCGAGGGCCGCGUGGUGGAGAACAUCUCCAAACGAUGUGGAGGCUUCCUGAGACAGCUCAGCCUGCGAGGAUGCCUGAGCGUGGGCGACGCGUCUAUGAAGACUUUUGCACAGAACUGUCGUAACAUUGAAGCAUUGAACCUGAACGGCUGCACCAAGAUCACAGAUAGCACUUGCCUAAGCCUGAGCAAGUUCUGCUCUAAGCUCAAGCACCUGGACCUCACCUCUUGCGUGUCCGUCACCAAUCAUUCCCUCAAGGCCCUCAGCGACGGUUGCCGCACGCUGGAGACCUUGAAUCUUUCCUGGUGUGACCAGAUCACGCGCGACGGCAUCGACGCCCUGUCCCGAGGCUGCGCCGGUUUACGGGCGCUAUUCCUCAGAGGCUGCACGCAGCUGGACGACGGCGCCUUGAAGCACCUGCAGAAGCACUGCCAAGAGCUCACCACCAUCAAUAUGCAGUCAUGCACGCAAAUCACCGACGAGGGCCUGGUGAGUCUGUGCCGAGGAUGCCACAAACUGCAGAUCCUCUGCGUGUCGGGCUGCAGCAACAUCACGGACGCCUCUCUCACUGCGCUGGGACUCAACUGUCCUCGGCUCAAGAUCCUUGAAGCCGCGCGAUGUUCCCAUGUGACAGAUGCUGGCUUCACUGUGCUGGCUAGGAACUGCCACGAGCUUGAAAAAAUGGACUUGGAAGAAUGUAUUUUGGUGACAGACAACACUUUGGUUCAACUGUCCAUCCAUUGCCCCCGUCUGCAAGCUUUGUCGCUGUCCCACUGCGAGCUGAUCACGGACGACGGCAUCCGGGCGCUGAGCGUGAGCACGUGCGGCCAGGAGCGUCUACGCGUGGUGGAGCUGGACAACUGCCCGCUCAUCACCGACGUUACCCUGGAGCACCUGAAGAGCUGCCACCGCUUGGAGCGCAUCGAGCUCUACGACUGCCAGCAGGUUACCAGGGCCGGCAUCAAGCGCAUACGGGCCCACCUUCCCGAGAUCAAGGUCCACGCUUACUUCGCCCCCGUCACGCCCCCUCCCUCAGUGCACGGCGGCGGGCAGCGCCUGUGUCGCUGCUGCAUCAUCCUCUGACAGUGGAGGGCCAGGGGGGGCCACCUCUGCCUGCAGGUGCUGCUGCUCUGAAAACCAACGAGGAAGACCAAGAACAGGACCUGGGGGUAGUAGAGGGAGAGGAGGGGCUGGACCCGCUCCACCCGGACCACUACAAAGGCCCCUCCUCUUCCUCGCGAGCAUCCUCGCACUUUCGUCGUCCUUCCUUUCGCCCGCCGCACAUCCAAAACGGACGAACAUGUGACGCCAAUAGGGAAAUGGGACCGCCGGUUUGAGUUUUUGUUUGUACAGAGAGAGAAAAAAAGGACAUUUAAGGCCAUUUUUUUGCUUAUCGUAACAGUUUCCCAGCCGCAGUGUUACAACAUAUGUUUACAUCCUGGAUUAUUUUAGCGCACCAACUCGUUUUAUUGGUAGCCUGACUUGCAUCGGUGAAAGAAAUUUUACAUGCGACAAUUUGACAAUCAUUUAACAUUCGGGAAACAAAAUCACAGCUAAGAAUCUCUCCUGCUCAACAACGAGACUCGUGGGAAAGUGGAAAAACUGAGCAGGAUUAUUCAUGGAUGGCACAAACAAAAAGAUUUAACAAAAAAAAAAAAAAAAAAUGGCUGACGCUAAUGCCCUCUCUCUCCUUUGAAAAGGUCUUUAACAGUUUUAUGUUUGAGAAAAUAAGCAGAUGGAUAAAUAAAGUUAAACCAUAGGAAACACAGGCUUGUUUUCUUAAGGGAACAUUUUUUGGGGGUGUGGCUUAUACAUCUUGGAACUCACGAUAUGAUACGAUUUGCGAUACAAAGCUCAAUGCAGCUCUCCCUCGCUACUUAGCGCGUCAAACUUUGCACCCUCAGUCCAUCGCGGAUUUUUUUUCAAUUAAAAAAUACAAAUGAGCUGUCCCGAUACGAUCACACAGUCUCACUCUUCCUCCUGCUGCUUUUCUUCUUCUUUCUCGGGCAGAGUUGCUUGUUAAAGUUAACGAGGCUUGACAGAUGUUAAGGUUUGAUCUUUCCAAAGAAGCUCGGAAGCCCAAACUUCAAAGAACUACAUGUGUCGUCAUAAUUUAGCUUGUUAAACACUUGCUGUGGCAACUCAUUGUGGGUAAGUGAGCAGCGUGAGUGAGUUUCACUCAAUGACGCAUUUAAUAUAGACAAGCAUUUUUCGACGUUUUUCUUGUUUAGCAAUAAUUUGCUGGGACAGUAACAUAUUUAAAACUUAUAACUUCACAAUUAUUACAUUUGAAGUGCUUAAAAAACAUUUAUUAAAAUAUAUACAGUGAUCCCUGACUACUUCACGCUUCAAACUUUGCAGCCGCAAUAAAAAAAUAAAUGCUGUAUUUUAUAGAGCUGUCCCGGUCAUAUCAAGUAGUCUCUCACUCUUGCUCCUGCCGCUUUUCGUGGUCAGGGAGUGUAAUGGAGCUGCUUAUUAAUAUUAACGAUGAUUGACAGACAGUUAAGAUUUGCCAAAGAUGCUUGGAAACCGAAACAAAGCGCCGCAUGCGUCAACAUUGUUUAACUGUUGCUGUGGCAACUCGUGUGUAAGUGAGCAGAUUUGAGUUAACUCACUCAAUGUAGCAUUUAACUCAUUCACCCCUAGCCAUUUUCACCGGAGCAAGGCCCUUCGCACCCGGCCGUUUUACUGGAUUUUGACUGAUUUUGCAAGGCCCACAGAAAAUUCUGUACUAUUGCUAUAUAAACAUGGAAAGAUUAGACUCUCUUCUUUCAGCAAAAAAAAAGUUCAUAUAUUUUCCCCAUUCUUUAGAAAUCUGCGUUAUAAAAAAGCUUAGUUUGAGCAAUUUUCCUAUUUCUGAUGAAAAAAAGGAGAAAUUGAGCUUUUUGUGAAAGCAUACAUUUCAAACAUUAACACAGCUAUUUUUUUUUUUUUUGCUUUAGUUACAUACCAAAAAUCUGAAUAAUGUUUUCCUUUUACAAAAUAAGCUAAACAAAAAGACAAAUAGAGCUUUUGAUAGCAAAGUAACAAUUUAUUUACACAUAACUAACUGAAAGAUGAUGCUGUUCAGGCCGCGACAGCCGAUUAAACUUUUCCCUCAUCACUGGCUGUCUCAUAAAGAUUAAUUUUUUUGAGUCUCUGCGGGCUCUGCUCGUGAGCAGCACGGACUUAAAGGCAUCGUCCGCUGCACUAGUGGUCCCGGUCGUUCUGCUCAGUCGUCCAGUGCCUUGCAUCCCGGGCGUCCUACCGGUUGUUCUGCUUGGUCGUCCGCCGCAUUGCAUCCAUUCGGUCGUCUUCUGCCGGCGCCCCAGCCAUGCGGCUUGGCCGUUCUUUGCCGUUGAAUCAGGUUGCGGGUCUUAUCAAAUGCGCUACUGCCCUCCAGUGGCCAGUUUUAUUGCUUUAAAAUGGAUUUUCAGCUUUGUGCUUUGGAGCUAAAUUGAAUCAGAACCCAGGGAUGUCUCUUUUGAAAAAAAAACCUAAAAGACGUAUACGUCUUUAGGACACUGAAACAAUUAAGAAUAGAACAUAUUUAUACGUUUUUGGGAGCAAAUGAGUUAAUAAAGACAAGCAUUUUUUUACUUUUUUUUAAGGAUUGGGCGUCUACUUUUUUUCUUGUUUAAAAAUAAUUCGGUGGGUAGCAUGUUUAAAACUUUCAUAAUUACUACAUUUGAAGUGCUUAAAAACCAUUUAUUAAAAUAUAGACAUAUAUAUACACAUUUUUUAAAUUAUACUUUGAGAUUAAAGUGAAAAAACAUGUCUUUUAUGUAUUUCUUUCAAUUAUCGCAGCGGGUUCUGGUCCCCAUUAAUCACGAAAAACGAGGGAUCACUGUAUAUACAUAAAAGUUUUUUGGGACUUUUUGGGAAAAAAAUGUGAAAAAUACACAAAGUAUUAUGAUAUAUAACACCAUUUUGAUAUUUUUGUCACACCCAAUAAAUAGUACAGCGGCACCUCUUCUUACGACAUUAAUUGGUUCUGGAAGUCGUUUCGUAAACUGUAAAUUCCAUAAGUAGAGACAUGUUUUAAAAUAUGUAACAAACAAACAAAUAUUGCACAAAAAUAGAAAAAAUUUGAAGUAGCGAUGCAUUACACAAACUAGAAAGAUUUAACAUUGUUAGAGGCAAAACAAAGUGAAUACAUAAAAUCAAAUAUGCAAAAAGCAAAAAUAAUUGCAUAAGGGUAAGGCAAUAAUUUAAAUAUAUUAGAAUUUUUUUUAAAGUGUUUACAUGAAAUACAUUCAUUCGUCUAUAUUGUAGUGAACUAUAAGCAUUAAAAAAAUCACAAAUAAUGGAAAUAUGCCAAAAUACUAGACAAAAAAUUUGAGAUGUUUGAUAUGAUUGGGUAGCCGAUAAUAUCGGCCGAUUAAAGCAUUUUAAAAUGAUAUCGCAUGAUAUCAACAGGGUUGUUUCGUUAUCGGUUUUGGGCCAAUGUGCAUGUUGCCUUCAAAGUAAACGAAGCCUGCCUUUUUACAAAUGCUGGUCAAUGCUUAGCACAGCAGUUCAUGCUUAUUGAGCAUUAGAUGUCUCCAAAUUAAGAUGUUUGGGAUUUGUUAAGUUAGCAUUAUAAUGAUUAGAGGAUCCAGUGAGGCAUCACAGUACAAUUAGCCAUUCUAUGUUAAAUUCACGACCGCAUUUAUCGGUAUCGGUUUGAUGUCGGAUUUUUGGUUAUUGGACAAUAUCGGGUUAUCAGUUUAAAAGUCAUUAUCGGACAACUCUACAAAAAAUAUUGCUUAAACUGCAGCAAUGUGGAAACACUUGCUUAUACAGUAUGCCAUAGGUAAUUUACUGUAUUGUGAUAAACUGUAAUGGGAUAUCAACAAGCUACCAAUAGGUGGCAGCAUAUAUCCACAGUGGCAGCGGUAAUUCACGGAGAAAAGAAAAUAAAUACCCAAAUAUAAGAUGAAAGUUAUGAUUACAUGAAAAAGAAAAAUUUACAAAAGUUAUAAUAUAUUACAAUGAUGUUUUAAAAUAUAUAUUUCAAGAAAAACUUAGGGGGACAAAAUACAUGAAGCAAAUCUAUGUAAAAUCCGGGAAUACAUGAAACCAAUGUUUUAUAGAUAUAGUAGAUUUUAGAGAUAAAACGUAAAAUAGGACUUAUGGAAAACACAUUUUUUAAAGGGGAAAUACUUGAGUAAAAAAAGGAAAGCAUACAAAUAACUGUUUAAAAAAAGAGUAUAUUAUAAAAUUGUAUUAGAUUAAAAUGAUUAGUCUAGAG